GCGGCCACGCAUGCGCCUUUCAUUUUACUUCGUGAAGCGGACAGGCGAGGGAGAGGCUCUUCAGCCGGGGGCUGAUUCCGGCUUUUUUUUUUUUUUCGCGUUUUAGGAUAAAAUUUUUGACGGAGAUGGAGAAAGUGUUAUAUAAGAAGCUGCCCGAGUCGACAGCAAAACUUGUGGACCUUCAGCCACAAGCAUCCAACAAGGCGGAGGCCUUUGUUAAGGCCUUUCUGAAACGCAGCAUGCCCGGGAAGAGCGAGGAGGACAUUGAGAAACACUUAAACCACAAAGCGGUCGUCCUUGAGCACCCGCAACCGAGGAGGACCCGGCAGAAGGUCAGACGGAGGAAAGGGUUAUCGGCCAAACAGAGGCGAGAAAUGCGUCUCUUUGAGAUUGCUCCAGAACAGCAGAGAUACGAGAUAUUUAUCCCAUUGCAUGAGCUUUGGAAACAGUACAUUAGAGAACUCUGCAACGGAUUGAAACCCGAUGCACAACCACAGAUGAUUCAAACCAAGUUGCUUAAAGCCGAUUUCCACGGAGCACUCAUGACAGUGACCAAAUCCAGAUGUCCUUCCUACGUUGGCAUCACGGGCAUCGUUGCCCAGGAAACGAAGUACGUGUUCAAAAUUGUCACAAAAGAAGACAGGCUGAAAGUUAUUCCAAAGCGGAACAACAUCUUCAGCAUUGAAAUGGAUGGGUUUGUGUCUUACAUCUACGGAAGCAGGAUCCAGUUCCGAGCGAGUGAGCGUUCUGCGAAAAAGUUCAAGGGGCAAGGGACCAUGGACCUGUGAUUUUGCUUCUUUUGGUCUGCAAAAUUGGAAACUUUGGUUUCCAGGGGUUUCCGAGAGUCCACCACAAUCUUUUUUCUUCUAAGAAGAAAAUGAGCGCAAGAAGCAACAGCAGCAGGAGCAAAGAUGAUUGCCUCUGUAUCUUCACAAACCCAAAGUGGGUUCUUGCUUGUGUUGAUAUUGGCUGGCAAAGACUGGCAGUUUUGAGACUGCAAUUCUCCAAUUUUACAAGUCUAGUUCUAAUUCUACGCUUAUGCCAUGUCGGAUUUUGCAUUAUGUUAUUGAAAAUGUUCUUGUUUGUACUAUGGAAUGAAAAAACCUUUGAAUUUUUUUUUUUAAAAUGUCCAAAGCA